AUGGUAAAUACGAAUCAUUUUCAAGGUGGAACAAUCACAUAUAAAAUAGUAAAUUCUUAUGAAUCAAAUGUAUCAAUCAUGAUUACACAAAUAUAUUUAUAUAAAUGGCCAUUAAUUUAUUGUGAUAAUUCUUAUAUAUUAUCACAAAGCACACCGAAUAUGACUGAUUUUAGUGAAUAUAAUUAUACACUUAAUUGUGUAGCUAAUUGUACAACAACAGGUGGUUAUAAACCAGUAUUAAUAAGAACAUAUUGUACAGAUUAUUCUUCUGCGAUGGCUAUCAGUGUUACAGCACGGACUGAUAUAGUUAAUCUAACGCUUGGAGCUUAUUUUAUAGUUGCUUUUAGAUCAACAGCUUGGCGACCACUAAGUCUUCCAAAACGAGAUAUAUCUGAUAAAGUUUGGAGUGUUUCAUGCACUAUAAAUCUAAGUAUACGGUCCGAUACAGGGAAACUAAAUACACCACCUGUUACAAAUAUGAUAUCACCUAUUUAUAUUCCUGCUGGAGUUCGAACAUCAUUAAUUAUACCAACUAUUGAUAGUGAUAAUGAUGUAGUACGAUGUCGUUUUGCAACUACAGUUGAUGAAUGUGCUGAUGCAUGUCCAUCAAAUUCUCUUCCAAAUGAUACAGUUAUCGUAUCUUCAAAUUGCACAUUGUUUAUUACUGGUAUCAAAGCUAACGAUUGGUAUGCUGUUGCUAUUCAGAUUGAAGACUUCGCUGAUUUAAAUUCAACUACUCCAUUAAGUUCUGUACCUGUUCAAUUUCUUAUUAACGUCUAUGCCUCACCGAAAUGUCUUGUUGCUCCUGUUCUUGAUGGUUCUUCUAAUCAAACAGGAAUAUAUGAAAGUAUACAAGUUGGUCAAUUACAUUCAAUGACACUUUAUGCUAUAAAUUAUUGCACCCUCUAUAGUAUUACAAUUAAAGAUAUUGCUACUUUAUCAUUUCCUAUUGUCAUUAAAAGUAAUAUCACUCAAAUAUCAAGUAUGUUGUAUUCCGUUACUCUGACUUGGACACCGACAGAAAGUCAAGUUGGUUCACAAAUUCUUUGUGCUGUUGCAAUUGAUAGUCAAAAUGUUCAAUCAAAUCAAUAUUGCACUACUUUUAUAGUUAAUAUGAACAGUACUGCAGUAUAUCCUAGAGAUGUAUUAGAAAUGACAGAAUAUUCCACAUCGACGACAAUGCUCACCACCACUGUUACUACUACUGAUAUUACAACAACUACUGGUAGUACAAUAACACCGGUUUCUGAAAAUACGACUACUACAAGCGCAGCAGUUACUAUUAAUACUACAACAAAUAAUAGACAAAAUAACUAUGCUAUUACUUAUACUACAAUGCUUCCUACCGAAACUACAUUUAACUCUAUUCCAUUUACAGCAGCGACUACUGAAAGUUCAAUGGAUAUUAAUGAAACUACAACAGAUACUACACAAACUACAAUGUUUGUUACCGAAAAUGCACUUGGUAUGAUUCCAUUUACAUUAGUUACUACUGAAAGUACGUCCAGUAUCAAUCAGAUUACAAUGGUACCUACGCAUAAUACCAUAAUCAUGACUGAAAGCACAAUGACCACUACUGACACAACAAUAAUGACUAGUGAAAACAUAUAUGUCAACGUUCAAAGUACAAGUGUUACUACAGUAAACAACAAUUUAGUUUUAACCAGUAGUGCACCUACAUUAAAUAUGAUAUUACCAUCAACAGACAUCCAGUAA